UCUCGUUUUCUCCAAACUUUCUCUUUUACCCUAACAUAAAUCUCACGCGUGUUGUUGAGUUGAAAUGGGAAUGGUGCCUCAUCUUUUGAAGCGAUUAGGGUUCCAUAUGAAAUCCACCAACCAAAUCAAAUAUUUGCUAUCGAAUCAUCAUCAGAGGCCACCAUAUUCUUCUUCUUCUUCUUCCAAGAUUCGUACAUCAGCAGCGGUUGACAAUCAAUCACCAAAGCAACGUGAAUAUGACAGUUUCUUUGAGGAACUGCGUGCUAAGCAACGUGCAAUGGAAGAUGCUGCAAACGAAAGACGAGACAGGGACAAUCCAUCAUCAAAGCUGCUGAGUGAUUUGAAACAACAAGAACAUAAAAGAUUCUCCGAGGAGCUGCUUGCCUCGCCAAGUGCAUUUGAAGCUGCUGCAAGGGAAAGGCAUGCCAUGCAUAUGCGUGCAUUACAUGCCCGACUGGAUGCAUCAGUUGCGAAGCUGUUGUCUACCAUGGAUGAACUGCCAAAACAUUUUGAAGCUAUGAAGCGUGAGUUCAUCAAGGAUUUCGCAGGAGCCGUGCUGUUGACAGGGGUAGUGACCUUCACAUGUUGUUACUGUAUGAUAUCAUCAAGAACUAAUACUAGGAAGGAUCCCUGAUGUUGAUAGAGCGACCUUUGGCUUUUGAACACUUUAAGAAUCUUGCUUUAGUAGUUCCAAGAGUUGUUUGGUUGGUGUUUAUGAAUAAAUGUUUCUGGAUAUAUGUCAGACGAGAAGGUUUAGUUUCUUGAGACCUCUUUCUUGUUCA